AUGGUUCUGUGUGAGGACGGCGAGUGCAGCAUCUGCUUCUCGGCCUUCUGUCGGAAGGACAGGGUCCCCCGGGUGCUCCACUGCAGACACACCUUCUGCGAGCCGUGUCUGGAGACCAUGUCGCAGGCCAGGAACGGGCUGCUCACCGUGGGCUGCCCUUUGUGUCGCCGUGUGACCUGCAUAGGACACGGCCUCAGCCUGCAGGAAGCCCUGUGGGUCAACAGCAAGCUGUGGGAGCAGAUACCUGAAGACGUGGACGCAGUGGCCGGGGAGGAGGAGGAGGAGGAUGAUGGACGGAAACAAGUGGCUCAGGAGGAAGGGAUGGAGGCUAAACAAGAACCCUCGCUGCAGGCAGAAUGGGCUCUCAACAUGGCGACGGUUGAGCCGGCGGAUCGCAGCUAA